UGUGUGUGUGUGUGUGUGUGUGUGUUUCACGGUGGUCUGAGGACACAGGGACGGCACUGAUGAGACCCAGAGACACCGGGGAUGUUUGUUGACGUGAAGACGGCUCGCGGACUGGAUUAAACAACAACAACACAAACAACAACAACAACAACAACAGGGAUGAGGACAUUGUGAACAUCCAUUGUGGAGCACAGAGGAGCAGGAGGCCACAGAGGAAGAGGCCCAGCCACUCUUACAGAUGGAGCGGUUCCACUGGGUGCAGCAUCGCUGUCGGCAGCUGCUGGGAAACUCUGGGGGAGGCUGGUAUUCUGCCCCUGAUGGCCUGCCCAACAAAACCUCCCUGGAGGCCCACAGUUCUCCACAGAGAGUCAGGGGGCGGCGGAGAACAGUGAUUGCCCGCCAUGGGCCCCACCAACAGGACUACGAAGAAGUCUCCAAAAGCUGCAAGGGCAAUGCCAUCCGCACUACCAAAUACAGCUUGCUGACGUUCAUUCCCAUGAACCUGUUCCAGCAGUUUCGCAGGGCCGCCAACCUCUACUUUCUGUUCCUGGUGUUACUAAACUGGGUGCCAGUUGUUGAAGCCUUUCAAAAGGAAAUCACCAUGAUUCCUCUGCUGUUGGUUCUUACUGUUAUCGCCAUCAAAGAUGCCCUGGAAGACUACAGGCGCUACUUGUUUGACAAGAAGGUCAACAACAAUGUAGUGCAUGUGUUCUGUAGUGAGCAUAAAGACUACAUCAAGCAGUGCUGGAAGGAUGUACGGGUUGGAGACUUUGUCCGUCUGUCCUCUAAUGAAAUCAUCCCAGCUGACAUGCUGUUGCUGUAUUCGUCUGACCCGCGUGGGGUUUGUUACAUUGAGACUGCCAACCUGGACGGAGAGACCAACCUGAAACAGAGACAGGUAGUUUCAGACCUCCCAUCACAGGGAGCAGAGUUCAACACUGAGAGCUUCCACAGUCGUAUUGAGUGUGAGAACCCCAACAAUGACCUCAGCAGGUUCAGGGGUUACAUGGAGCACCCCAGUGGGGUUCGUGUUGGCCUCCAUAACAGCAACCUCCUGCUGAGGAGCUGCACCAUCCGCAACACUGAGACUGUGGUGGGCAUCGUGGUCUAUGCUGGUCAUGAGACUAAAGCCAUGAUGAACAACAGUGGGCCGAGGUACAAGCGCAGCCGGCUGGAGAAGCAUCUGAACACAGACAUCCUGUGGUGUGUCUUCCUGCUCUUCAUCAUGUGUCUGACUGCUGCUAUAGGUCACGGCCUCUGGCUGAAGAACCUCAAAGACCCCAUCUUUCUGGUUGAUAAGGAGACGUCUCCUGCCCUGGCUGGAUUCUACGUCUUCUGGACUAUGAUUAUUGUGCUGCAGGUGCUGAUCCCCAUUUCUCUGUACGUGUCCAUUGAGAUUGUGAAACUGGGCCAGAUUUACUUCAUCCACAAUGACUUGGCCUUGUACAACAAGCAGCUGGACUCCAGGAUUCAGUGUCGGGCCCUCAACAUCACGGAGGACCUUGGACAGAUCCAGUACCUGUUCUCUGAUAAGACAGGAACUCUGACAGAGAACAAGAUGGUGUUCUGUCGCUGCAGUAUCUACGGGGUUGAAUAUCCUCAUGAGGAAAAUGCUCGGAGGCUGGAGGUGUACGAGGCGGAGAAGAGUGAGGCGGCUGCUCGCUCCGUCACUCUCAAGUCUGGCUGCAGCGGGAAAUCUCUGAGCUGUCGCUCUCUCAGCUGCAAACACAGCUCAGUGUCCCUGCACACACUCACUGCUGAGUCAGAGGACGAGGACGACCCGCCGUCCAAUCACAGCCAGCCCAGGACCAGCGCCUUCUGCAGCCGCGUGGCCAAGGAGGUGAUGCCAGACCCUGACCUAGUGAGGAAGUUGAAUCGGCUUUGCUCUCCAGACCUUGCUCUGAGUGACGGCUCCUCUGGAACCCCAUCCAGCCUGGAGCUCACCUACAUCACAGACUUCUUCCUGGCUCUGGCCAUCUGUAACAGUGUGGUGGUCUCCUCCCCCAGCCAGCCCCGACAUGUGGUGCCUGAAGCACGAACACCUCUCAAGUCUCUGGAAGAAAUCAAGCUGAUGUUUCAGCGCUUCAGCUUCUCUCCUCUGUCAGCUCUGUCCACCCUGUCCCCUCCCCAGAUCAAAGGCAGCCCCUACAGCUUCACCAGCAGGCUGUUUGCCCGGGGGAAGACCGGCUCUUUCACCUUCUCCACACCCACUAACAGUACUGCAGAUAGCUCAAAACCAGGCCUAGAAAACAGCCUGGAAACCUGCAACCUGAGGGGAAACCUAGACUUAUCUUCCAGAGGUGAAGAAGCAGGACACACAGAGGACAUGGAGGUAGAGGAUCAAGCUAAUGAUGUAAAGACAAACCCUGAGAGGGCCUGGCAGGAGGUGGAGGACCUGAGCAGAGAAGUGGACUGUGAGAGUGAAGAGGAGCUGCUGUAUGAGGCGGAGAGUCCGGACGAGGCGGCUCUGGUCCACGCUGCCCAGGCGUACCGCUGCACCCUGAGGGGACGCUCUGCAGAGAGCCUGCUGGUGGACCUGCCAGGAAUCGGCUCUCUGGCUGUCCCACUUCUCCACAUUCUGCCCUUUGACUCCAACAGGAAGAAGAUGUCAGUGGUGGUCCGCCACCCGCUCACAGGACAGGUGGUGGUCUACACCAAGGGAGCUGACUCUGUCAUCAUGGACCUGACUGACGCACCAAAAGGUGCAGAGCAGGCUCAGGAGCUCUACAGUCACAUCAGAGAACAGACCCAGCAUCAUUUAGACGGCUAUGCAAGAGAAGGCCUCCGCACACUCUGCAUUGCUAAAAAGGUUGUAGCAGAGGAGGAGUAUGAGGUGUGGCUGAAGGGCCAACUGCUGGCAGAGAGCAGCAUCGAGAACAGAGAGGAGCUGCUGCUGGAGUCGGCUCAGAGACUGGAGACCAACCUCACGCUGCUGGGCAGCACAGGGAUUGUUGACAGACUGCAGGAGGACGUCCCAGAGACCAUUGAAGCUCUGCAGAGGGCUGGAAUCAAAGUCUGGAUCCUAACCGGGGACAAAAAAGAGACAGCCAUCAACAUCGCCUACGCCUGCAAGCUACUUUGUCCCAACGACCAACUGCUGACAGCCAACUGUGAAAGCAAGGAUGUGUGUGCAGCCUUACUUGAGGAACUCAAACUGGAAGUGCAGCGUGGUGAAGACGGUUUGACCCAGCUGACAGCAGCAGGGGAUGAUGAGGGAUCGUCCUCAGGCAGCGGGGGAGAAUUUGUUCUGGUGAUCGAUGGGCGGAUGCUGGACUGGGCCCUGCAGGACCAGCUCAAGAAUGACUUCCUGGAGCUGAGCUGCAGAUGCAAGGCAGUCAUCUGCUGCAGGUCCACGCCGCUGCAGAAGAGCCAGGUAGUCCGGCUGGUCCGGGACCAGCUUGGUGUCAUGACCCUGGCUGUCGGUGAUGGAGCCAACGAUGUGAGCAUGAUCCAGGUGGCCGAUGUGGGCGUGGGGAUCUCUGGUCAGGAGGGCAUGCAGGCUGUCAUGUCCAGUGACUUUGCUGUCUCCAGGUUUAAACACCUCAGGAAGCUGCUGCUGGUCCACGGCCACUGGUGUUACUCUCGUCUUUCAAACAUGAUCCUCUAUUUCAUCUACAAGAAUGUGAUGUAUGUGAACCUGCUGUUCUGGUAUCAGUUCUUCUGUGGUUUCUCUGGGAGCGUUAUGACCAACGCUUGGGUGCUCAUCCUCUUCAACCUGCUCUUCACCUCUGUUCCUCCCCUCAUCUAUGGCGUCCUGGACCAAGACACACCUGCAGACAGUCUGAUGGAGCUGCCAGAGCUCUAUCAGACUUUGCAGACCUCCAAGGUCAAUGUUUCCUACAGCUUCUGGAUCACAGUCCUGGAUGCAUUUUACCAAAGCCUCAUCUGCUACUUUGUGCCUUAUUUUGCAUACGCAGGAUCAAGUGUUAGCGAGCUGUCCUUUGGCUCUCCCAUCAACGCCUCGGCUCUCCUCAUCAUUCUGCUGCACCAAGUCAUCGAGAGUCACACUCUGACGUGGAUUCAUGUGCUGGUGCUGGUGCUCAGUGGUGCUUCAUACUUUGGCUUCGUGCUGUUCUUCAGCUGGUUCUGUGUGACCUGCAGCCCGCCCACCAACCCUGUGGGGGUGGAAUCACACCAGAUGUCCCAGCCUCUUUUCUACAUCGUAUGUGCUCUUACUACUGUGGCGGCUCUGUUACCCAGGCUGUUGUUUCGGGCUCUGUACAACACCGUACAUCACCCAGCUGCUCUGAAAUCAGCUCAGAUGGACAAAGUGGAUUCAGAGAGGUACCGCAAGAAAAUGCAGCGCUGGAACCGGAGCCAGUCCAGAGGCAACAGGCUGCAAGUGUGUGCCGACAACCCCGGCCUGGAGCCCAGCACAGCCUCAGUGGUGUCCUGACACACACACACACACACACACACACACACACACACACACACACACACACACACACACACACACACACACAGGGAGCACAGACUCUUACAGUGUAUGAGCUGACCAGGGAAACAAAGACCUUUAAGUUCAGAAAAGACUCUUAUGUGUGAUAUUGACAUGCUGGAUCAAGUGCAUAAUGCUGACAGAAUGAUUCUCAUUCCUCCUCUUCCAGCUGUUGUUACAAGUCACCAGCCAAAGACUAGUCAUGAAGAAAACUGGACAUGUUCUACCCACUGAAUCAGUAUCUGUUUCAUAUCUCACCAAUCAUUUAUGGGGACAGAAGCUGUGAAACAUCACCAUCAUGGCAAAUGUGUAGAGAUGAUAAUAUUUUUGAUGCAGCUGUAUGUAUCAUUUGAACAUCAUCAGUGUAUGAAUCUUCUGACUUUCAUAAUAUAGGAGUGUGAGUUGCCUUCACUUUA